AUGGCCAGCGUGAUGAUCUCGCUGAACAUCAUGGCCUUGUUCCACUUGUUGAUCUCGAUGGCCACCAUUGCGAGCUCAUUCAGCACCAGCGCUGUGAAACUCAGAGCAACCAGUUUGGUGAAGUUUGCAGUUUCCAGUCCCUUGUACGUUUGGGACGAGCCUUGGAUCACAAUUCCCUGGUACAGAGAAACAAACACCCAGACGAAGAAGGUCUUGUACGACAGCGACCGUCCGGCCGUCAGCUCUUUGUACAGCUCUGGAUACAGGGAAACCAGGUUUUCGUUCACGUCCGAGUCAGAAACCAGUGAAAACACAGGAGCCAUUGUGUAA